AUGGCUGACGCCGUCGCAUCCGCACAGGUGACUCCACCUCUACCAGACUCUCCUUCCCCUCGUGCUUCCACCUCUUCUCCCAUCAACGUGGGUCAGAAACGCAAAUCCACAUUGUUCAACAUUCUCCGCCGCACCUCGGUAGUCGAAGAGACCACCCCGCCUCCCCGCCGUCAGUCUGUAUUUGAUAUCAUGGAGAGGGAGAAGCUGCAAAAGGCGCAAGAGCCCCAUGCGUUGGGAGGACUGGAGGAGGAUGAUGAGGACGACUCGCAUUUGCCACAGGUGCAGCUGAUACCGCCUGAAGAUGAAGGUGAUGCAGUGGUACUCUACCCGUUCCCAAACUACCCUCCCCCCACACUGGCGCUCGAUAACCAAUCGCCACCCGAGACGCCCGAACGCAACUACAACCCCCACGCACCCACCACCUCUUCACCCCUCUCAUCUCGCCCGCGUCCCCAGUCUGUGGCUACCGCUCCUAAACCCAGGCCGAGUAGUACUUUUAGCAACAACCCCGCCUGGAACGGUAUGGCGGAAGGCUUCAACCUCCCCACCGCAAAGUUCUCCCGCGUGGGCGCUGGGCCUACCAACUCGCGAAGCAGGCAGAGCGUCAUCAUGCCCAAGACCAAGACGCAGGUCGUGGAAGAGCGAAAGAAGCGGAUGAGCCAGGUGAUGGAGUGGGAUAUGGCUGGUGGCGCGCAUGGCGGUGUUGGACGACCCGUCAUGCAUCGGGAAGGCAGCUCAAGGCCGGUGAGGAGGGACUCGGAAGAUGUGAUCAGGGAAAGCGCGGAGAAUGUCGAGACGUUGAGUGAAGAGCCAGACAUGUUGGAGCCAGUGUCAAAGGCUACGACGACGCCUUCGUCGCCGACCGCCCCUGGCCCGCCUGUGCUCUUCCCCUUGUCAGCCCCCGAGCCGCAGAGGUCGAAUUCGACGCCGAUGCCGAUGCCUGUGGAAGGGACACCUCGGUCGUCAAUCUCGUCCCCGAGACGUUCGCGUACAAUGUCGCUGAGUGGCGCAUUCCCUGUGCCGCUUUGGGCAUCGUCCAGCAAGACCGAGUCGCCCAUCUCCACCACCGCCCCGCCCCUCCCCCCCAUGCCUUCUGUUCCAACAGACCAGCCAAGAAAGGUGCCGAGAAAACAAAAGAGUCUCAAAAACUUAUUCUUUAGCUCUUCCACCCCCCCUGAAACUGUCACUGCCGAGCCCAAGGCAGACGUCAAGGAGAAGAAGAGCUUGAACAAGCAGCGAUCCAAGCCUGAUCUUCGAAUCGAUACAAACGCCACCAGGCCGAUAGCAUCGCUCAACUCUGCGCCGGUGCUUUCUGGUAACAGAUUGUCGAGUGCAACGCCACCGACUCCUGCGCUGUCGACGGGUAGGAGCGAGAGCUUCUAUUCUAUCCCCGGUACCCCCAGCUCUGCAACGACCAUCGUGCCCUCGCCUAUCGAAGGCAAGAAACCAAAGUUGACCAAGAAAUUCUCCUUGUCCAACAUGUCGGUGUUUAAAAAGAGGUCCAACUCUGCCCCUGCUUCCGACGGCCACAGUCUUGCCGGCGCGUCGAGGGAUUCGUUUGUGGGUGAUGGGGAAGGAGAGGUGGUGCCGAUGGUACCUGCGCUGCCGGAAGUGUACAAGAAGGAGAAGGAGGCAAAGAGGUCGAAAUCGGAAAUCUUCACCGCGAGGGACCGGUUUGUGAAUGUCCCGCCUGCGCCCUCUGUCGCUCCUGCGGCUCCUACCGAGGUGUCUUCCCCUGGCACUAUCACUCCGUCUCGAGUCAUGUCUCCCAUCUCCGCCAUCUCGGUGUACCAGACGCCUUCUUCCAACAUCGAGCCCGCUACAUACGAGUCUACCGUCGUGCAGUCGCCAACAGACUCAAUCUCCACCCUCGACCCAUCCUCCAAAUCAAUCUCUUCCAUCAGCGAUGUCGAUGUCGAAGAAGACAUUCUCGACGCGCAGUUCAUGCAGCUCCCCAGUCCCAAGGAGCGAGACGCAUCCCAAGACUUUCACAAGAUCCUCGCGAACGCCCCCGGGCGCAGAAGCGAAGUCGUCGUCGUGCAAGAAGGCAGGCGCUCGCUCGAAGCGCUCGUCGUCCUCGGUCCCGGCUCUGUCCGACCGAACGUCUCGCCUAGUUUGUUGAACAAUAGGCUGAGCGCGAGUGAUAGCGAGGCGAGUAUGAGCUCGUUCGCUUCUUGUGCCUCGAGCGACUCUUCGCUCGCGAGGACGAUCCAGGCGGACCAUACGCGCCGGGGAUCGGCGGAGAGUGAAGAUAGCCAGGAAGAUGAGGGGUUGGUCACGCCUAUUUGUCAUAGUGUCGAGACUUUCGGAGCGGGGGUGAGGGAGAGGAAGGAAAGUGGCAGUGGAGAGAGUGGGGAAAGCGGCGAGUUUGGGAUGAUGGAUGAGGAAGCGGAGGAUACGGCGCGAGGUAUGGGUGUGCGCAAGUUUCAGAGCUCGAGAAAGUUGAGGCCUUCACCCCCUCCCGGCUCAUGCUUUGCCCCGCCCGAGUCGCCGUCAAUAGCCCAAGUCACAUCGUCCGGCCCCCCUCCCAACAGACCGCUCCCACCUGCUCCGGGGCAGAUUGUGGAAGAAAAAAAGAUUGGGAGUCUCGAUUUUGAUACGCUUGGGUUGAACUUUGGGAAUUGGGAUGAGAGGGAGGAGAUGGCGGGGCGAGCCUAA